AUGCAUGAAAUGAAAUAUGGAUCUUUGGAAUUUAAACGACUGCUUAAAACGAAAAAUACCAAGCAAUUUAUGUUUGUCAAAUGGAUAAGUGAAGUAGGUGAUGCAAGAUUUAUUCUUGAAGGAGAUGUUGUUCAUUGGCAGGCGUGCAGUAAACGGAUUAAUAGAAAAUCACAACGAUCGCAACAUGCGAGUAUCGCAGAAGAAAUAUGCAAUGAUUCAACAGCGCAUACGAGCGAUCAAGUGUCAAACGCGAAUCAAUUUUAUGGCGACUCGUGUCAAGCGAUGAUAAUCCUUCCUACAACAACAUCUUCUCCAAUAGAUACAAAGCUUUCUACAUCAAUAAACCCAAAAUUCCCUCCCCUUUCCAUAUCAGACUUACCAAAAUGCUUCAAAAUCCGCCCCACCAUUGAACGCAAACCACCACAAAUCCCUCCAUGGACGAUAAAAGCAUUCCCAACUAACACCAGCCUUGCCGAACUCCCCAAAAAAAUCCUCAGCCCAAAUGACCACAGAACUCGAUUUUUAGAACUUAAUAACAACUACUCCCAACACAGCAAGAUUUACACAGAUGGGUCAAAAACGGACACUGGAGUUGGAUACGCCAUUACCACUGAAAAAGCUAAAAAAACACAAAAUCUUCCUACUUCAUCAUCCAUCUUCACAGCCGAAACUUAUGCUAUCCUGGAAGCCAUCAAAUAUGCACACUCAAAUAACGAAGCCCAGAUCGUCAUAUACACCGACUCCAUGAGCGUUACAAAAUCUCUAACGAAAUCAUACGAUCAAGAAAACCAAUUAAUAUCCACCAUCCAAGAACUAAACCACAACCAACCUAACACAAACGCCACAGUCAUCUGGAUUCCAGCUCAUCAAGGAAUAAAAGGAAAUGGAAAAGCCGACGCAAAGUAG